AUGAGUUUCAAAGGCUAUAAAGAGAAAAUUGAAGACGGCGAUGUGGUUAUUCUGUAUCUAAGUAAUAAUCUUCACGCUAUAGAAGUGUGUACAGAAAUUAAAAACAAAAAAGGAGAAAUGGUAGAAAAUGUUUACCAAACAACGUUUGGUGCUCUCAAAGUAAAAAAUUUGAUUGGAAUUGAGUAUGGGAGCAGGGUAGAAUUAUCAAAAGGCUGGGGCCAUGUUAUUCAGCCAACACCAGAGCUUUGGUCACUAACACUUCCGCAUCGAACACAAAUAAUAUACACACCAGACAUAAGCAUGAUUCUAUUGCAAUUAGAUCUAGUACCUGGAUCUAUUGUUGUUGAAGCAGGUACUGGCAGUGGAUCUUUAACUCAUGCUUUAAUUAGACGGGUAAAACCUAAUGGGCAUGUUUAUACAUUUGACUUCCAUGACCACCGUGCUAAACUUGCCAAGGAAGAAUUUGAGUCACAUGGCAUAGCAGAAUAUGUAACGGCCCAACAUAGAGAUGUGCUAGAAAAAGGAUUUAGUGAACAAGUAACUGGUCGCGCUGAUGCGGUGUUUUUGGACCUACCUAAACCAUGGGAUGGAGUCCCACAUGCUGUGGACGCUAUAAAAGCUCAAGGUACGUUCCAUUUUUAA